AUGAAGCUGUGGGAGACAGUCCUUUGUGCUCUCCUGUCCACACUCAUUUCCCUCAUCUUUGGUGGACUCUACACAAUCGGACUGUUCCGUCGGAAAAGACCGAAGGAACCCCCCUUGGACAAAGGCUUGAUUCCAUGGGUAGGUCACGGGUUAAGUUUGAGCAAACAACCCUUCCCAUUUUUGGAACAGAUGAGGAAGAAACACGGAGAUAUCUUCACAUUGUUGGUUGGAGGCCAAUAUAUCCAUAUUUUGAUGGAUCCUCACACGUACAGAUUUAUCUCCAAGGAAUCGAAAAGCAAGCUGGAUUUUGGGGUCUUCGCGGCCAACGUCGUCACAAAAGUUUUUAAUUUCCAACCGACCACCACGCAUCAUAAGAUUGGGGAAACUGGCAGCAGGAAGUAUCUUCAAGGAAAGAGUCUGCUUGCCCUCAACCAAAUUUUGAUGCAAAAUCUGAAGGAAAUCUUGCUUGAUUCUGCUGGGGAAAAGGACUGGUGUCAGGAUGGACUCUGGCGCUUCAGCUACAAAACCAUCUUCCUAGCUUCUUUCCUGUCAUUGUUUGGCGCUGUGCCUGAGUUGGAGGUCAACAGCAAAGAAAACACCAAGGAGAGAAGAUAUAAACCCUACCAGAAGCUCUUUGAGGACUUCCAGCAAUUUGACAAAUUCUUUCCUCAAAUGAUCGUUAACAACAUGGAUUCCAAAGCCAGGAAGGAGAUCCAGAGGCUGAAGAACUACUUCUGGGAUCUCCUGUCCGUCGAAAAAAUAGACAAGAGGGAGGACAUAAGCUUCUGGUUGGUGGACCAGGAUCGACAACUGGCUGACGUUGGGAUGAAUGAGAAGAUGAGGACUCAGGUCCAGCUCCUAUACCUGUGGGCUUCUCAAGCCAACACGGGCCCGGUAACUUUCUGGUUGCUUGCCUAUCUUUUGAAACACCCUGACGCCAUGAAGGCAAUAAGAGCAGAGGUAGAACAAGUCCUAAAGGAGACGGGCCAAGAAAAGAACCCGAUGGACCUCUCGUUGCAGGCCAUCAAGACUCCCUUGCUUGACAGUGCGGUGGAAGAAGUUCUCCGCUUGAAAGCAGGUUCUUUUGUAUUUAGGACCGUGAUGGAGGACUUCAGCCUCCAGAUGGACAAUGGCAAAGAAUAUGACCUUCGGAAAGACGACCAUCUACUUCUCUUCCCUUUCCUGGGACUCCACAUGGAUCCGGAAAUCUACCCUGAGCCUCAAACCUUCAAGUAUGACCGCUUCUUGAGCCCCGAGGGCAAGAGAAAAGAAUUCUUCAAAAAUGGCAAAAAGUUGAGAACUUGUAUCAUGCCUUUCGGAAGUGGAAGUUUCAUGUGUCCCGGCCGCUUUUUUGCGAUCAGUGAAAUGAAAAUAUUCACCAUCCUGAUGCUCACCCACUUCGACAUGGAGCUGGUCAACCCAGAAGAAGAACUGCCUUCCUCGGUUGAACAACGCAUCGUGGUUGGGACGGCGCACCCGACACGCGACAUCGAUUUCAAAUUUCGCCAGCGUCUCUAA